AUGGCCACUUAUCUCAAGAGUUUAAUUCGUGCAUCUAGAGGAGCUUAAAAGACUUCAAUGCUUUAGACCUCUAUUACUUUUAAGCCUUCAUUCUAUGCAAGCUAUGAAAAUAAAAAUAUACUCAAAGAACUCAACAAAGAAAACAGAGAACUCUAUACUAGAGAGCAGAAAUUGAAAAUAGAUGAUGAGGAGCAUGAAAAAGAUAAUCAAACCAAUUUCAGAGAAAAAGAUUAUGAUGAAAGAUAUAUCGAGGACUAAAGCUCAGGAUACUUUAGUAGAGAAAUGGAUAACUACUUUAAAACCUUAAAUGGAAACAAGAAAAUGUAAUAGUUUGAUGUAGCAGAAGAAGAAGAUGAAAUAAUUUCUAUUAACUAAGAGGGAAUUAGAAAUAAAAAGAAAAAAUACUGA